CACUAUUGCCUGUCAAGUGUCAAUUCUAUUUUUUUAUUAAAUUUGAAAAUGGCGGACGAUGCAUCGAGCAGCAGCGCUUGUACCGGCAAUUUAAUUGAUAAUUCAAUAAAUCAAGAUGAGUUGAUUAUGAAACAGCAGCGCGAAAUAGAGAAAGAGAUAUCGGAAUCGAUUCCUCUGGUCGGUGAUCUUGAACCUCUAUCGUCACUAGAAAAGGAAUAUAACGAAGAUCCCGUUUAUCUGCUCAAAAUCAAAGAUCUCACUGCCAAAUACAAAUCUAUGAGAAGAACACGACCGGACGGCAACUGCUUUUUUCGUGCAUUUUCUUACGCGUAUUUAGAGCAUCUCCUCACUAACAAAGAGGAGUUCGAUAAGUUUUAUGAAAUAGCCAAGAAUUCGAAGGAAAUCCUGGUCGCGCUGGGCUUUCCUCAGUUCACCGUGGAAGACUUCUAUGAGACGUUUAUGGAAGUAGUACAAAGAGUGGGCGAGCAUGCAGGUGGCUCACCUGAUGAGCUGGACUCCAUCCGGGAGGAGCUCCACAGCAAGUUUAACAAGCAGGCCUACUCUGACUACAUAGUGGUGUACCUUCGCCUCAUCACAUCAGGCCAGCUGCAGACACAGCAUGAUUUUUAUCAGAACUUCAUUGAGGGACCUCGCACAGUUACCGAGUUUUGUAGACAGGAGGUGGAGCCGAUGUACAAGGAGUCAGACCACAUCCACAUCAUCGCGCUGAGCAACGCGCUCAACGCGGGCGUCCGGGUCAAGUACAUGGACCGGGGGGAGGGCAGCCAGGUGAUAGCGCACGACUUCCCCGACGGCGUGAAGCCGCUGGUGCACCUGCUGUACCGGCCCGGCCACUACGACAUCUUGUACGCGUGAUCGACGCUUCCUUUGCAUUAAACUUAAUUAUCUUACUCCUACGCGAC